UGGUCGGGCUUUGGCGGAAGUUGGGAAUCCCCUCAAGUGCAUUUCUAGAAACGUAUGAACCAAUAAACAUCAUUAUAAAGUCUGUUAUUUCACGGAUCAGAACAUUUCGAUUCACGGACACUUUAUAGAUUUGACAAGAUGGUGUACAUGGUGGUUGAGAAGCACACAUCUGAUCUACUGCAUUUGAAAAGAUCACCAGGGAUUCGAUCUUGGUCUCUGUUAGUUGGGAUUGUGUCGGUUGGCCUGGCAGCAGCAUAUUACAGUUCAGACAGUGUGUUAUGGAAGCUCUUUUACGUAACCGGCUGCAUAUUUGUUGCCCUACAAAACAUGGAGGAGUGGGAAGAGGCAUCUUUUGACAAACAGAAUGGUGUGAUUGAACUGAAAACCUUCAGUCUGUAUGCAGUGAUACUCACUUUGUGGAAAAAAGGACAAGAAAAAGUGCUGCUGGAUUUGCGGCACUUGCGUGAUAUAAGCGUUCAAGAGGAGAAGGUGCGGUACCUGGGGACAGGCUAUGUGCUGGUGCUUCGGAUGGCUACCGGAUUCUCGCAUCCUCUCACUCAGAACGCAACUCUUAGUGGACGCAGUGAUGUGGAGGCACUUUCUGCACUUCUAAAGCGCUUUUUGGAACUUGAGGCUUUGCAGCAAAAUCUGACUCAGGAAGAAGAGGAUGCGGAUUGCGAGGUAGAUGACGAUGACUUUGAGCAGCUGGGCAUGGACGGGGAUGAUGAGAGCAGCGAUACGAGCGAUCACAGUGAACGACCUCCUCAGUGAACCCCCGAUUCUCUGACAUUGAACUCUGAUCCUAAUUAACAAACCAAACACUUAGUGUUAAGAAUGAGCAGCUGUGUGAGAACAGUUCCCUUUACAUCAGUGCAUAUUCUCUCUGUCUUAAUGUAAUCUUUUUGACUACCUCAGUAAAGAUGCCUUACCUAAAAUCUCUGGCAAUCUCCAAAUCGGUAGUGCAUAUGGCUAAGUAGUAAUAAUAGUAAUAAUAAGUAGGAAAAAGGAGAAGCCUGUACAGGACAUUAUGUAUAUUCAAAAUUGAUUUCCAAACCAUGUGUGCAGGAAAAAAAACGGAUGUUCUUUGUUUUCUCUAAAGAUGAUUUAGGAAGGUAGUACUGAUUGUGCCUCAAAUCAGAUUUUAAAAUCAUUCAUCAAUACUAGAAGUCAAGAACAGGUGCUAAAACAUUCAUUAUUAUAGUGUGUUUAAUGGCAGUGGACAAUUUAUACUCAAAACAAUAAUUUUUUUGGGCUGUGUAUAUUUGUUGUAAAACAAUUUAGCUCAAUAUCAUCAUAUUAAAACCUCAUUUGAUCAA